AUGAGACUUCUUAUUUCCAGAGUUCAUUGGACAGCGCUUGCGAUUGUGUUGGCGCAAAUUCGGAUAGGAAGUGAGGCCUCAGAGCUAGAAGACGCUGACAGGAAAGCAUUGUUAACAUAUGGCUUCGUACCGAACUCGAUUGAAGGCAGCGGAUUUCUUGAGGAAGAAUCUGAGACCGAAGCUGAAAAUGAUGAUUUUGACUGCAAAAGCUCAACGAUGACGGUUGAACAAAGAAAGCAUAUUCCGCUACACGCACACAGGCCUUAUGAAGCAAAGAUUGCGUUAGGACCAACCGAACAAGCACGGGAAGAUGGGAACCGGGCGAAAUAUUUACUUCUUGAGAUGGGACUGCAAACUGGAGUUAUUGGCUCACCAACGGAAUCAAAUGUGCUCUGA